UCAGACGACGGCGCGCGCAGCAACUGUCAAAAUACGACAAUGUAUAGCGAGGAAAUGAACUCCUAAAUUGAUGUAAAAUUCACUGUUUUAAUAAACAAUUUCAAAUUAGACCCAUGAAAUAGAAAACCUUAUAAAGUGAAUACUAUCGAAUCCUUGAAAUUUCAGCAUGAUUAAAUUAUCUCGGACGGUUGUUUGAGUGCGGAAAAUAGGUUACCGCAGCCCUUGUCUGGUUUGAUGUCAUUGUGUGUUGUAUUGUUUACAAAAAUUGUUUGUCCAAUAUCAUGAAAUGAGAAGGUGAUAUAUGGUGUUCGUGUGUGUCUAGUGCUUACAGUGUCACAAGAAGAAAGCAUGUAUCAUAGAAGUGCAUUAUAAAUAAAAACAAUGAAAGAUAAACAUGUCGAGAUGCCUGCGGAUAUUCGGAGCUUACUCCUUCAGGUUGACAAGGAAACAUUCGACUAUACUUCUCAUAGCUUCCUUCAUACUCAGCAUGACUAUAGUGUUGCAACUGUACGCAUACAAGCACCACGACCACUCACACCCGAGACCGAAGAUCGGUGACUUUAACUACAGACCUGGCGCCUUUUUGAAAGGAAGACAGCCUGGGAACAGAAGCUUUUGCAUGUUUAAUUAUGGCCUUCCUGACCGACUUAAGUGGGACAGCCUCCAAGUACUUCCGUCCCCAGAAACCGGUUCAAGGAGCCACUACGGAGUCAUAUACAAUGCUAUACGAGGAGUUGCCUACCUAAAUAUCAGCAAAAUUGAUGCGGUGUCGUAUGUCACUCAGUCGACACCAGAAUUUCUGUAUCAUAUCGUGGAAAUAGCGAAAUUCUGGGAUGGCCCAAUAAGCCUCGCUAUAUUCGUUCCGAAUUACGACCUAGAUAUAUCAAUGCAGAUUUUAGACCAUUUGUGUCAUUGCUACCCGAUGAUGGCUAAGGUGUCGGUCCAUUUAUUUUUUCCAAAUCGCGCAGUGCCUAAAAUUAGAACGAUAGGCGAAAGGAAGCUAGCUGCAAUCACGGUAAAGCCUGUUACUAUAUCACCAAACGUGACGGUAGAACAGCUGUUGAGACAGAGACUAGAAAACUAUCGGAAACUGAACAACAAAACGAGAGCCGAAUACAUACAAAGGGUAAGACAGAACAAAGUGGAACGGAUGAUGAUGAAGUUACCAGACAAAAGAUACGACGUGCCUAACUUAAGGUUCGAAGACUGCUCCGGUCUAGAAGCUGACGAUAUCAUAACACACAGGAAAUCAACUUUGAUGGUGUAUCCAAUAAACGUCGGAAGAAACGUUGCAAGAAAUGCAUCACUGACCAAUUACUUUUUAGUAUCAGACAUAGAAAUGGUUCCGAGUUAUAAUUUAGCGCCGAAAUUCCUCAAAAUGAUCAGGAAGCUUAUGGGUAACGAGAAGAGGGACUCUGGCUGCGUGUUUGCGAAGACGGUGUUUGUUGUACCGUUAUUUGAAGUGGAGAGAGGUGAAAAGAUCCCACACGACAAAGCAACGUUGAUUCAGAUGAUAGCGACCAACCGCGCGAUGUACUUCCACCAGAAGGUCUGUUCCCACUGUCAGCGGUUUCCUGGUCUCCAGACAUGGCUGAUGAGGGAACCUAAAGAAGCCCUAGAGCCAAUGCUGAUUGCAAAGCGGGAGUACCCUUAUCACAGAUGGGAGCCUCUAUACUUCGGCACCAAUAAGGAGCCGUGGUACAGCGAAGUACUGUCCUGGGAAGGACGCCAGGACAAAAUGACUCAGAUGUUGGAGAUGUGCCUCCAGCAGUACCGAAUGGUGAUACUAGAUGGAGGAUUUCUGUGCCACGCUGCCGCACCAAGACCAAAGCACCAUAGGAAAAGGGCAGAGGUCACGAACACCCAGAAAUACAUGAGGAUAAUCAAAUGGUUCCAGAAGAAGUAUGAAGAUCGAUUUGAGUGCAAACUGUUAUGGGGCUGUCCACCGAAUCUGAACUAGAAUAAAGCAAUGGCAUCCAAGACGCAAAUGUUGGAUCAAAUAUUUGUGGCUUCCUCAAGGCGAUGCGUUUGGUCCCACAAAUAAUUUACAAUUUAAUUCACUUGUUUAGUAAGAAUGAAUCUUACUCUCAGCUUCUUAGGUUUCAAUUUAGAAUGCUACUUACACACCACCAAGCAAGCGCUGAUUAAUGCGAAGAAUUUCAAAGUUCGUACAAACUUACUUUUACACAAUUCGUCUUUGAUAUAAUUAUGAUGAAGGAUAGAAUUUCAGAUGAAGUCACCUUGAGGUAUAUGGAGCUAGUUCGAGUGGAGUUAGAUCAGAUCAGGUCAAGUCAGUCAAAAGCUGGUCACUGAAGCUUUUAACUUCGUGUGAAACUCUGAUGAUGUAAGAGUUUUUUGCUAUACCAGAACCAUUAAUGAAAUAAGGAUUUUAAUAGAUCAAGGCUAAGAACCAUUCUCUUCCAAUAAACUAAAUGAGCUUACGUAAUCAACGCAUUUUGAUUCGGAAUAUCAAUGAACUUAUUUCAAGCCUACAAUUUUUAAUGCCUCAAAUUUUAUCAAACGUUAAUAAUAGAAAUAGUUUAAGCAUGGAAAGUGUUAAUAGACAUUGAAUAAUUGACUCUCAACGUACCUUGAAAACUUUAUGUUCCUACAAUCAUAAUUGAAUUAAUGAAAAAUGUCUAACAUUCAGUUUAAGAAGUAUCAAAUGUUUAUUGAUAUCCUUAUGUAAAACACAGCUCACUUUAAUCGCUACAUAAUUAAUAGGCUUGUGAUAAAGUGUUUCGAUUUAACGGAAUUGUUUAAAUUUAUACAGGCUUAUAUUUUAUUCAUGUUCAAUACAGAUUAUGAUAAUUUAUGCAGUAUUGUUGUGUAUUUCGCGAAACCCACAGCGCAGCUGUUUCGAUGGACCCUAGUGUUUACCGAGGUCUUCUUAUGUGGAACGUUUCGUCCUAAAUAAAGAUUUUAAAUUAUAUUAGAUGCA